AUGAACAGGUAUUGGUGGGGUUCUGGGAAUGAGAGGGGCAUACAUUGGAAAGCUUGGGAUAGACUGUGUAUCCCUAAGAAGUAUGGUGGAUUGGGUUUUAAAGAUCUCAGGGCAUUAAAUCGGGCGAUGUUGGAAAAACAAGCCUGGCGCUUCCUAACAAGGCCUCAAUCUUUAGUGGCAAGAGUCUAUAAGGCCAAGUACUUUCCCAGGACCUCUUUUGUUGAUGCUGCUUUGGGUAGUAACCCAAGUUUCUGUUGGAAGAGUAUUAUGGCUGCCCAUGAGUUAGUUUGUGCUGGUGUCCGGAGAAGAUUGGUGAUGGGAAAACCACUUUGA